AUGUUUGUGUCGUUUUAAUUUUAAAUCCCAAAAGUUUGAAAAAGGGACCCAGCAAAACCCCAGCAAACCAUGCCAGAAUGGGGCCGUCUCCAGCACUUCAAAUGUCUGCUGACCUGUCGCCUCACCGGUAGUGCAGGAGGAAACAGGUGCUGUCUCGCUGCGUCCCUCCGUUCGGAAGCCAUGGCCGAGGUCAAGUCGGCCCCGACGCUGAAAAGCUACAGCCCGCUCAAGAGUUCCCCGUCGACGCAGUCGUCGUCCCGCGGGGCAGGAGGUAAAAAGUUCUCGAGCACCAGCGACUACAAGCAAACGCUGAACCGGCUCAAGGUGGACUUUGAGCGGCGGUACCAGAACCCGCGGGUGGCCAGCGAGUCCGGGCUGGACGAUUACGACGUGCUGCGGACGCUGGGGACGGGCGCGUUCGGGGUUGUGAGAUUGAUCCGCAAAAAGAAAAGUGAGGAAUACUUUGCGAUGAAGAUCGUGUCCAAAGAGCGUAUCAUCCGGCAGAAGCAGCAGUUACAGCACAUGCUGAAUGAGAAGCGGAUCUUGCAGAGCGUCGAGUUUCCGUUUCUGGUGACCAUGGAGAGCUGCUACAAGGACAACAGUUUUAUCUACCUUGCGAUGCCGUUCGUCAGCGGGGGUGAGCUGUACUCGUUGCUGCGGAAGAACAAACGCUUUGGCGAAGAUCAGACCAAGUUCUACGGGGCGCAGGUUGCCCUGGCCGUUGAGUACCUGCACCAUCUGGGGUUGAUCUAUCGCGAUCUCAAGCCCGAGAACAUACUGAUCGAUGCGAAGGGUUACGUGAAGAUCACGGACUUUGGCUUUUGCAAGUUGAUCCGGGAUCGAACGUGGACGCUCUGCGGAACGCCCGAAUAUCUGGCACCGGAGAUCAUCCAGAACAAGGGCUACGGCAAGAGCGUCGAUUGGUGGUCCUUUGGAGUGCUGCUGUACGAAAUGAUCGCGGGCUACUCGCCGUUUUACACCCACUCGGCCGAUCAGAUGUUGCUGUUUGAAAAGAUCGUCAAGGGCAAGGUGCGGUUCCCGUCCAACUUUGGCACGGAUAUCAGGAACUUGAUACAGAGUCUGGUGCAGGUGGAUCUUACCAAGCGGUUCGGCAACCUGAAGAACGGCACGAGUGACAUCAAGCAGCAUGCGUGGUUCCGGGGCACCAACUGGAUUGGGCUGCUGAACGGGGAAGUAACGGCGCCGUUUAUUCCAAAAGUGGCAGGUCCCGGCGACACGAGUCAGUUCGAUGCGUACGAGGAACCGCCGGAGCUGAUGGUGACCUCAAAGUGUUUGUAUGUGAAAGAGUUUGCCGAUUUUUAACUUGUUUGUAUUUGUUUGUAGAUAAGUGUCGAAUAAAACGAUGUCCUCUAACUCA